AUGGAGAGGAGCACGGCAGCACAACGAGUUCUAGCGAUACCUGAACUCCUUGACAUCAUCCUAUCACACGGAAAUCGAGGGUUGCACGCGAGAUGUGCGCGCGUCAACAGACAGUGGUCGACGGUGGCGUUGAGCUUGCUAUACCGAGAAGUCGACGGGCUAUUGCACAUUCUCCGUAUACUAUGUCCUAUGAAGAAGUCCGAUGCGCUGAGGCCUUACCCCGAAUGGGAGUUCGUGCAUCCACCCACUGCCACCCAGUGGACGCACUUCUACAAAUACGCCACAUUUGUGCGCACUCUAUCAUACGCCGCAAAACAUCACGAACGCGUCGCGGACAGCGCGUUCACCGAUCUCGCCGUGACGCGCACCGCGCAUCGGAUUUUCCCCAAAUUGCGCGCUUUGCAUUGGAAUCCCCGCGGGCCGUUGAUGAAGCUGGGACAAGAAGUGUGCUUUAUGCACGAGGGAGUGCGUGACUUGCGCGUGGAGAUGUACCCGGAGCCCAGUUUUGAGGACUUGGCGUUGUUCGCGACGAACGUCAAGGAGCGUACACCGGAGUUGACGCAUCUAUGCUUGCAACCGUGCAUGGAAGUAGGGAGUUAUGAUCCGUUGUCGGAGAUGAUACUCUCGCUCAAAUCUCUGACGACAAUCACGCUCUCCCGGUGGCUCCUGUCCUAUACAACGCUGCUCAACCUGAGCACGCUACCGGCGCUAGAAUGCGUCCAGUUUUUACCGGAUGGCGACGCCCCGUACUCGUGGGCUGCAAAUCGAGAUCCAGACUCUGUCUUCGAACCGCCAAUGCCGGCCGAGGCAUUUCCUUCCCUACGCGAUCUCAGUCUAUGUUGUGCCGUUUCUAUGGCGCAGACUCUUCUGUGCGACUCGCCCAAGACCGCUUUUGCACAUCUUACACAACUCUACGUGCAUAGCAUCUUCGUUGAAGAUCCCGAGGUGGUGCAAUCACUCCUUACAAACAUCGCGGAGCGCUUUCCAUCGUUAGACGCAUUGGCGCUUGACAUCGUGGUCGAUGUCAUGACUGCUCAGUCAGAGACGAUCGAGCCGCUAACCUUCGAAAACCUACGACCACUCUUAUCCCUCUCUCACCUGGAGCAACUCGAGAUACGACACAACCUACCCCUCAUAUACACCGCAUCUGAUCUGGUCGAACUCGGCACUGCUCUGCCGAACUUAUUCUGCCUAGUUCUGAACUGCGAACCCCUGUGUAUCGACCUGCCAACCACGACACUCGACCUCUUGCCGACAAUAGCGGAACACUUUCCCAAGCUACGGGUGCUUGGCCUAUGCGUCGACGCGGAAGUCCUCGUGCAAAACUUGCGUACUCCCGCGCCGAGUAGCAGACCGCGCUUUCAAGCACUCGAGGUCGUCAACUUCGGGACAUCGCCGAUAUCAGAAGACAUUCGCUCGGUGCAACUCUACCUAUCUUACCUAUUCGCAAGCUGUCCGAAGACGCCUGUGAUACAAUCAGGGUUCACCUGGGAUGACGAACUAUGGAUCCACGACGAUGAGCUCCUGAAUUCUGUCGCGGCGUACUGCCAUUCAUGGAAAGAAGUCGCGAUGUCGUUGCAGCUGCUCGUCGAGUUGCGUAAGGAGGAGGGCGGUAUAAGGCAGCAGCUCGUAAAGGAGGUCGAGGAUCUGAGAAUGCGAAACGACGUGCUUGCUACCCGGACAAAGGAGGUUGUGGCAGCUGAUAGUGGACGCCCCUGUACGAUCAUGUAG